AUGGAUUUCGAUUCCAUUCUGGAGCUGUGCAAUGGCUUCGGUGCGUACCAGAAGAUUAUCAUCGGUGUGCUGCUGUUUCCGGCCACGUUUCCGUGCGCUUUUCACGCCUACAGCCAGUUAUUUUUAGCAGCAAAACCCAACCAUUGGUGUAAGGUGCCAGAGUUUGCAGGACUACAAGGAAACCUUACGCAAUUGCUCAAAAACAUAAGUAUACCUCAUGUUGCUCACGCGGAUGGAUCGCUAGAAUACUCCAAAUGCAUUAUGUAUGCCAGAAACUAUUCCCAAAUCGCUGAAACUUUCGAUUACAGUGGGGGAGACUUUUCACUCCAAGAGCUGCCGGCUCCAGAUCACGACAAGGUCAUCCCGUGUGAGUAUGGUUGGGCCUACGAUCAUUCCAUCUUCAAUUCCACCGUAGUAACGGAGUGGGAUCUAGUGUGCGAUCGGGACUUUGACACCACGUGGGCCCUGAUGAUAUUUGGGUUGGCCGGUUUGAUUGGCAAUCUCGGAUUUGGCUACAUGCAGGACUACUGGGGCCGCAAGCUUUCCUUCUACCUCUGCCUGCUCGUUCAGGUGACGGCCGGUGCCAUCGGUGCGGCCAUGUGGAGCUUCGGUUCUUGGCUAACAACCCGCAUUGUCGUAGGUCUUACCGUUCCGGCCAUUCUGUCGAGCCCGUACAUGCUGGCAAUCGAGCUGGUGGAACCGAAGAGGCGCAAUUUUUGCACCAUCAUCUCCAACAUUGCGUACUCCGUCGGAUUGGUGCUGCUGUCAGUGAUCGUCUACUACGAGCGCGAAUGGCGUUCACUUUCCAUCGCCGUGUCCGUUCCGUUGCUGCUCCUGCUACUGUUCUACACGCUCAUUCCCGAGUCUCCUCGAUGGUUAGCAGCACGCGGUCAGUACGCCAAGGCGCACAAAAUUCUCCUCAAGAUGGCCAGGGUAAAUGGGAAAACAAUCGACCAAGGCUACCGGCAGAUGUUGGAUGAACGCAUAAAAGCGCUUUCGUUGGAGACCGCUCGCGGAAUGGAAGCCACAAAUGAUAAAAUGCCCGACAUCGGACUGGGCCACCUGUUCGCAAAGCCCCAGAUGCGCCGGAAAACAACCUUCGUAGCGUUUAUAUGGCUCACAAACACAAGCGUCUACGUGGGCUUAAGCUACUAUGCUCCGGCACUCGGUGGUGACGAAAUCUUCAACUUCUUUCUCGCCGGGCUGGUGGAAUUACCGACAUACAUCGUACUGUGGCCGAGUCUGAACCUGUUUGGCCGCCGAGGAGUCCUAUUUACGACGAUGGUCAUCGGGGGACUGGCCUGCGCACUGACAAUAAUCCCGCAAGGUCGCAACACGACACUGCUUCUUUACUGCAUUGGCAAGAUGGGUGUUUCGUCGGCGUUUGUCGUCGUCCCGUUAACCGCGUCGGAGAUUUAUCCGACCGUGGUGCGCGGUUUGGGUAUGAGCUUUUGUUCCGUUGUCGGCAUGAUAGGACCAAUCGUGAUUCCGCUUAUGAACUACACGGGCAAGGAAAACGUCGCUAUUCCGUUGGUAAUCAUGGGCCUCGCGCUAACGGCCGGAGGCAUUGCUAGCCUGUUUCUGCCGGAAACUAAAAACAUGCCACUCCCGCAGACCCUUGCCGAUGGGGAGAAGAUAACGUUGACCAACCCGUUCCAGGAUUCGUUCUACAGGAGAAAACGUGCGCGCAUUGCCACCUAGCAUUGUCGGGAUCAAGAAUGCACAUCUUUAACGGGGCGUUUCAAGCGCGGAUCGUUUGGGCAAACGGAUAGGGUUUAGAAUAAGUGUUUGCGAG